AUGUUCACUCUUUAUUUAAUCUUACUCUUUUCAAUCGCUCUACCCUCUUUAGCGCAAUCCGAAGGUGGUACAAUAGCCUCAGUAGCCGCCUCAGGAACAUCUGCCUCUGCUUACUCAUGCGACCCUCAGUCGUGUAAGAUUGCAAAUAACUGUCUCUGUGCUUCAAAGAAUCCACCUAAUGGUCUGUCACCCAGCGAGACGCCUCAAUUUGUCACAGUCACCUUUGAUGACUCUAUUCAACCUCAAUUAUACAAAACGGCAAAAAGGAUGCUGAAUAUCACGAACCCUAAUGGUUGUCCUGCUCGUGGUACCUGGUUUGUUUCUAUGCAAUACACAGACUUUUCUCUCGUACAACAAUGGUAUUCCUCUGGAAACGAAAUUGCAGACCAUACAUUUACACACGUAGGGAACCCAUCUGAUCGUAAGUUGUUAAAUGGUUUAUUUAUGCUUAAUACCUAUGGUGGCGUACCUAAUGGCAAGAUACAAGGAUUUAGAGCACCUUUUCUAAACUAUACAGUUGAUACCCUCAAUCGUAUAUCAAAGCUGGGACUUUUGUAUGAUUCGAGUGCUAGUGCUUUACAAGAUGACGCUUAUUGGCCAUACACAUUGGAUUAUGGCAUGGCAAACGAUUGCUGGACUGGCAUAUGUUCUCAAAAUAGUAAGAUUCCUGGCCUUUGGGAAAUUCCAAUGUAUUCUGUUCUUGAUAAUGUUAGUACACCUCAGUUGAUGGAUGUGUACCUUGCUGGGCAACCUGAAGACGUGACUAAAUGGAGUCUCGAAGCAUUUGAAAAGCAUUAUAGAGGAGGAAGACAGCCUUUUGGUAUCUAUGUUCAUCCAACUCAUUUAACUGGUUAUCCUGGUUUGCCUGACCCCACCCCAAAGCUGGAUGGUUUGAUUUCCUUCAUCAAGACACUCUCAGAGAAGCCUGAUGUGUGGUUUGUUACUAAUCAGCAAUUGAUUCAAUGGAUGAAGAAUCCAGUGAAGGCUAGUGAAUUAAGUUCUCAAGACUACAUGCGUUGUUCACAGCCAGUCAUCACAAAAGAAAUAUGUAAUGGCUUGGACGACGAUAAUAACUCUGUGGUAGAUGAUAACCUUUUAAACAAUUGUAAUUUUGGCACAACAUCCUUUAACACAUGCUUCAACUGUCCAAGUACAGCUCCUACACUUGAUAAUCCAGUACCUACAGGUAGCUCUGACAAGCCUGUGUCAGGAGCCAGAUACCCUCUUCCAAAUAAUUGCGACACCAAAUGGUGGGACCCUAUCGGCAACACAUGUCUUUGUUCCUCGACCGAGUGUCAAUAUAAAGAUACUGCUAUACCAGUCAAUCGCACAACAAACGGAAACGGUGUGUCUCCUAAUGGCUCCUCUUCUGUGAGUGGAUCGAUCAAGAUUGGUUAUGACUUGGCAUAUCUUUCUGGCUUGAUCCUCUUCGUGUUGUUUCAUCAAAUUGUUUAA